AUGGAGGAAGACGGUUUAUUGGAAUCUCAAACAGAAGACUUAUUAGGUUAUCCUAAGAAACCAUCUUCUUCUUCACUUCUGUCUGAAAUAUCAAUUGUCUCCACGACACCUUUUGUUCUUGCCUUCAUCGUCUGUUCUUGCGGCGCUUUUGUCUGUGGAUCCGCUACCGGAUAUUCGGCACCAACACAGUCCGGUAUCAUGAAAGACUUGAAUCUCUCUGUUGCUGAUUAUUCGCUCUUUGGGUCGAUAUUAACGGUGGGACUAAUCCUUGGAGCAUUAAUCUGUGGGAAAUUAACAGAUUUGGUUGGUCGUCUCUACACAAUGUGGAUCAUCAACAUUUUCUUUUUAACCGGCUGGUUCACUAUUGCAUUUGCCAAGGGUGUUUGGAUGCUCGAUAUCGGAAGGUUAUUGCAUGGGAUCGCAGUCGGAAUUAGCGCAUAUCUGGGGCCAGUUUACAUGACUGAGAUAACACCAAGAAACCUAAGAGGAGCUGUUUCUUCCUUCUCGCAGUUAUUCGCGAUCGUUGGUUCAUCAGUAUUUUAUGCACUUGGUACAAUCGUUGAUUGGCGAAAUUUAGCCAUUUUGGGAGCUGUUCCUUUUCUUGUAAAUAUUCCUCUUCUUUUCUUCAUACCCGAAUCUCCUCGGUGGCUAGCUAAAGUAGGGAGAGAAAAGGAGGUCAAAACAGUUUUGCUAAGCCUGCGAGGAGCGACAUCCAAUAUAUCAGAUGAAGCAAAAGAGAUAUUAGAAUACACAGAACAUGUUAAACAACAAGAAGAUGGAGACCGUGGUUUCUUCAAGCUAUUUCAGCGCAAAUAUGCGUUGUCACUUGCUAUUGGAGUUGCUCUCAUAGCUUUGCCUGAGCUUGGAGGGAAUAGUGGUUAUAGCUAUUACACUGAUUCCAUUUUCACCUCUACCGGUGUGUCAAGUGACUUUGGAUUCAUAUCGACAUCUCUAGUUCAGCUGUUGGGAGGUGUUUUAGGUACACUGCUUGUGGAUGUAUCUGGGAGACGUUCACUCCUACUGGUUUCUACAGCUGGAUCGUUCUUGGGAUGCCUUGCCACAGCUAUUUCUUUCUUCUUGCAGGAGAAUCGUUUCUGGGAAACAAGAACACCUAUCUUGGCUCUCAUUAGUGUCCUGGUUUAUUUCGCAUCAUAUGGAACAGGCAUGUCAUCAAUACCAUGGAUUGUAGCAUCAGAGAUUUAUCCAGUAGACGUGAAAGGAGCAGCGGGAACAGUUUGUAACUUGGUCGCUUCUAUAAGCGCAUGGCUUGUUGCUUAUUCCUUCAAUUUCUUGCUUCAAUGGAGUCCCACAGGAACAUUUCUGAUGUAUGCCACAGUAACUGGCUUUGGAUUUGUGUUCAUAGCUAAGCUUGUUCCAGAGACCAAAGGCAAAUCUCUAGAAGAAAUUCAAUCUCUGUUUCUUGAAGAUCCUACAUCUUGA